GCAGAUCUACCUAACCCAUCCCUUCCCCUGCAGCGGAUCUGAUCUGAUCUGUACGUUGCUGUACGCUACGGUACGAUCCGAGCCUCCCUACACAACGCCCUUUAAACCACCACAAACCUACCACCACAUCAACAACAAACCAUGGCCGACAAAGGCGACCAUCCCCCGGCAUACGCCCCCCCUCCCCAGGCGCCCGAAGCCGCGUACCAGCAACAAGGCCCCUACGGCGCCCCUCCGCAGCAGCCCUAUAACUACUACCAGCAGCAGCCGGGCAUGAACUACGGCCAGCCCCAGCCUCAGGGCGGCUACCCGCCCGCCGGCCCGUACCCGCCGCCGCAGCAGCAGGGAUACUACGGCCAGCCCGGCUACCCACCGCCCCAGGGCCAGUACCAGAACCAGCAGCGCGAUUCGAACGACGGCUGCUUGGGCAUGCUGCUGGGCGCGCUCGCCUGCUGCUGCUGUUUGGACUGCCUGUUCUAAGGGAGAAGGGAAGAAGAGAAGAAGAGAGAAAGAGAGUAAACCCUUUCGUCUCAGCCUUACGAAAGUCUAGACGUCGACGGAAAGAGAGUGGAUGAAAUCGGUCGUUGGGGAGAGAGAGGAACGACUACCUAGGUACCUGAUCCAGACCUAAUGAGGAGGUAAUAAUAACCGUCUGGCGGUUCGACUAACUAUACCAUUUCACCGUUCCCAACUUUUUUUACCGGACGACGACGACAACGACGACG